CCGGACUCUGUGGUGUUGGUUGCCAUGGUUUUGCUUCGAGUUCUGCAGCCGACCUGCCCACCUCCGGACGCUCAGGUCGCCGCAACAGUAGGUCGGGAGCCAGAGGGUACACGAGGCAGCCAGGCUGGAGCCUGCAGGCGAACCUGCUGCGAUGGAAGCCCCGGCUGGGCGAGGGGCCGAAGGCCACAGGCCGCGAGAGAAGGUGACCAGUGUGCCCCGCCUAGGGAGGAGCUCCGGCGCCAUCCCCGCCAGAGGCUUGCUCGUCAACCAUGCCGAGGGCCUGGACUUCGACACCUUCAAAAUUUGUAAAGAAUACUUCAGACCGCUGAAGAAGUUCCUGCGAAAGCUGCACCUGCCCAAGGACCUUCCGCAGAAGAAGAGGUUGAAGCACGUGAAGCAGAGCCUUGUGGUGCUGGGGGAUCACGCCAACACGUUUCUGCAGCACUGCUGCCGCACCUGGGAAAUCAAGCGGUGGAAGAAGGUGCUCUGGCGAUUCAUCUCCCUCUUCUCAGAACUGGAAGCCAAGCAGCUGCGUCAGCUCUACAAGUACAGCAAGAGCAACCAGGCGGCCAGGCUGCUGGCGGAGGAGCGCGCGCGGGAGGGCGGCUCGCCCGGCACGCAGGAGGACUCUCUGCCCAAGCUGUGCGACGCCUGGGGGCUGCGCGGCAACCUCCGGGGCAUGCGGGAGCGGCUGUCCAGGAUGCAGGCCUCGGGCUGGGAGGGCUGCCCGCCGCGGGCGCCCGGGUGCCGGCUCGGUUCUUUAAGGAAACGUGCACAAAAAUCGAAAUUCAAGAGGAUUAAGGAAGCCCCAGGAAGCCCAGAGACCUGCCCAUAGCAGCGCCCAUGGGGACAGAGACCAGCUUGCCUGGGCACCCCAAGCCCCUGGGCAGCUUCAGCCUGUCAGCCCCCAUGAAGGGAAAGAAGAAAAUCAAAAGGGUUCUCAGGUCUUAAUUACAAAUAGCAGAAUGGGAAAUAAACACCCUUGGUUUUACUUUA